UCUAAAAUAAAAUUGAGAUAUAUUUUCCGGUCAUGGAAAGGGUUUCACUCGGCGCACACAAGAACACUUCGAACAGCUGAAAAUUUUUCCCUCCGAAAAACUGUGAGUGUUCGAUAAGAAAUCGGAGAGUGUGCUUUGACAAUGGAGGACGUGAAAAAGAGAAAGCUUGAGCGAAUGGGAAACGGCCAGCCGCUGCCUAAUCUGACUGAUACGACGGCGUCCAUCGAGGAUUUGCGAGCCCUGCUCGACCCGCUCUCUAAGCCGCAGCUUGUUGACAUCCUUGCUAGAGCAGGGUCCCAAUACCCUUCUAUUGCCGAAGAAAUUAAAAGUGUUGCGAGUGCUGACCCUGCCCUUCGAAAGCUUUUUGUUCGUGGUUUAGCUUGGAAUACCACUUCAGAAACUUUGUGUGCUGCAUUUCAAGAGCAUGGUGAAAUUGAGGAGGGUGCUGUAAUCUAUGACAAGGUCACGGGAAAGUCACGUGGUUAUGGUUUCAUUACCUACAAAGAUAUGGGGUCAGCUCAGCUAGCUCUCAGGGCACCCAGCAAGAUGAUUGAUGGCCGAAUGGCUGUAUGUAAUCUUGCAAGUGAGGGGUUAAGCAACACCAGCAUUGCACCAGAUCAAGCGCAAAGAAAGCUGUACAUUGGAGGUUUAUCACCUGAGACAACCAGCGAGAUGUUGCUUGCGUAUUUUGGACGACAUGGAGAGAUUGAGGAGGGUUCUGUUGCGUAUGACAAGGAAUCUAACAGAUCUCGUGGCUUUGGAUUUGUCACUUACAGCACUGUCGAGGCUGCAAAAAGAGCAAUUGAUGACCCUCAAAAGAUGCUUGGAGGAAGAAAUAUAACGGUGAAGCUUGCUGAUAAUAACAAACCAAGGGUCGGUGGCCAAUCCCAACUAACUGGGCCCGUGGUUCAAAUGCCUCUACAAAUGUCAGCUGGAUAUCAACAAACGGGUGUUGGAGGUUCUCUCGGUUAUAAUUAUCCUCAGUCGAUGGCCAAUUACCCUGGCUCGUAUUCAAGUCCGUCAACUGCAGCUAAUCCUUACUCAGGCCCACCUCAAUAUCCCUAUCCCCAAUAUGGUGCUAACAAAGACACGCCAUCCCCACAAGCAGCCUUUGGCGGAUACCCUUAUUACUAUCCCAAGCAAUAACUACUCGAACCUCGAUUAUCAUGGAUCUCCAGCAAAGAGUUAUUCGAGUCGAGUAUGAAACAAUGUGUUACGCGUUUCAGUUAACCGGCAAUGGGGAUAUCAAUUAGUGAAGCACUCUUUCGACUUUCCAUGCUCGUUUUAUAAUCCUAUCAGUCACCGAAUUUUUCUCUAUUUUUUGUUUUCUCGGUUGCAUAUGUAUUUUGUUUUAUGAGGGUUGGUGUAUUAUCUAACCAAUUGUGGAUCGAUUUAAUAGUUUUCGUGAUUGCUUAAGAUGCAACGAUGACAGAGCAAAAGGGGAGCAAUAGCUCUCUCCUCAAGAUGGAGCCUUUUUGCAACAGGCUAUGUUUAAUAAAUUGAUGGGCCGUGCGAUUCAAGAUUGAUUCGAAGUCCAUUGUUGUGUAGGCCCAAGUGGCAAUAUAGGCCAAACGAAACGAUAUUGUGUAUAUAAGCCUUUUUGACAGGGUCCAAUCAUAAGAUGUGGAGGCCCGGCUGCUUGACAUGUGGUCCCUACCUUUCCAGUAAAAUAAGAUUGAGACUGCCCAACAAAGCAAUUGCCAGUUGGGCUAAUUUCUGUCGUUCGCACUCUUGGAUUUCAAAUUAUUGUUUUAAAAUAAAAAAAGCUCUUUAUGAAGGUCGAAAAUCAACAGCCAAGCAAGGAAUAUGACUGUCAGCUGUGCUUCUCAUAAUGGGUUUCAUCGCAUCACCAGCAAGAAGAUAACGCGUG